ACAGUGCUCCGGUUAUCGUAUCGCUUUCGUGCAGAAGAGUUCAGCUCAGCCAGUCAACAAUGUCCGCCCUGAAAGCAUUCAUCUUCGUCGCCCUCUUCGCCGUGGCCUACUGCGCCCCCAGUCCCGGCUUCUUUGGCAAACACGAGCACCACACCAUCCACGUGCCGUACAAGGUGCACACGGUGCACCACCACCACGUGCAGAAGGUGCACGUUCCGGUGGUGAAGCAUGUGCCCGUUCCCAUCUACAAGGAGGUGCCAGUGCACCACGUCCACCACGAGGAGAUCCCCGUGCCCGUCCACCACGUCCACCACGAGGAGGUGCCCAUCCACCACGUCUUCGACGACCACCACGACCACCACGGCUGGAGCUCCAGCCACCACGGACACGGCUGGCUGUAAGGCACCUGUUGGCCUGCACCACUGUCAACCCACCCACUCAUCCAGUCCAAUGCAAAGCGGCCUGUAAAUAUUGUACAAUGCCUAAGUUAAUGAAUGUAAAUAAAAGCACAAUUCGACUGUACACAUAAAA